GUACUACAUUGUGUAUGGGUAUAUACUAAGAACGUAGCCACAUGAAAAGAGUCAGUUUGUGCUGAGCUCUGGAAGGGGGCGCGCGCUGAAGUUGAAGGAGUCCCGCACGUGUUGGCAGUUUCAUUCGUGUUCAACUUGUUGAGUGUAUGGUGGUGUUGUGUAUGAGUGAACACGUAAUCUAUUGGAAUACGUUUUUCCCCGUUCAUACAACAUGAAGUAUACCUUGCUGGAACUCAUCGGACUUGCCUCAAUUGGCACAGUCUCGUGGUUUGUUUUUCGGGAAGUGUGGAAAUUUAUGUACUCCACAUUUAUAGGUCAUGCUUUAGGUCGAUCUCUGUCGCUGAAAAACAUCGGACAAUGGGCCGUUGUAACCGGUGCCACCGAUGGAAUUGGACGAGCGUACGCAGAAGAGUUGGCUUCUCACGGGUUAAACAUCGUCCUGAUUAGUCGCUCACCUUACAAACUGCAGAAUGUAGCAGCCGAAAUUGAAUCACAGUAUAAAGUGAAAACGAAAAUCAUUGAUGUGGAUUUUACCAGUGGAAUUGAGAUCUAUGACCGUAUAAAAAAAGAAAUCGAAGGCCUGGAAAUCGGCGUUCUUAUCAACAAUGUUGGUAUGUCAUACGCAUACCCGGAAUAUUUAGCUGAGGUUCCCAAUGCGACCGAAUUUUCUCAAUCUCUGAUCAACUGUAACGUUGUUUCAGUGACCCAAAUGUGUAUCCUGGUCUUGAGACAAAUGGUGGAACGCAAGAAGGGAUUGAUCUUGAAUGUAUCCUCGGCUUCCGCCGUUCUUCCGACUCCUCUUAUGACAAUGUACUCCAGUACAAAGGCUUACGUCUACAAAUUCAGUGAAGAUUUGGCCUUGGAAUACGCUCCGUUCGGCAUCACAAUCCAGUGCGUGUUGCCUGGUUUCGUGGUCUCCAAAAUGAGUCGUUAUAAGAAACCUGCUUUCAGAAUUCCUCUACCUAGAGAUUUCGUCCGUGGCCAUAUGAGAACCUUGGGUUUGGAAUUCGCUUCAGCUGGCUUUUGGGUCCAUAAAAUUCUGCUGGGCUACUACACUAAACUGAAUACGGUGUCGCCCUCUACUGUGGUUAAUGUGACGUUCACCAAUUUGAGCGGUACGCGUCAACGUGCUCUCAGGAGGCUCCAAAUGCAGCGCGAGCAACAAGAAAACGGCAUCGACACCGCCAAGGACAAAUAAAUGAGAAAAGAGAUCCGGUGUGAUUUCGUAUAUAAAAGCCUUCAAUGUUGCUCUACUAACGAAUCAAAAGUCUAGCAAAAAAAUCGAAAAUAUUUUCCAUGUUGAUAUCGCCAUUGUUUCUGCAUUUCGUUGACAUUUUCCAAAAUAGCCUUUUGUGUUAGUCCAACGUUAUCUUCCCUUUUCAUGCCCGCGUCUAUUUACAGAUUGGAAUUGUUCGUAAUUGACGCAUACUCAAUCGUAGUGCGACCGGUCGUCACGGCGUGCAGGACAAUUAUUGACAAUAGCACGUCGUACGCCAAAGGUUCGUUUUCUAGAAGGAAGCCAAUUUAAAAAAAUUAGUAAAAUUUUCAUCAUUUUUUCUUCUUUUUUCUUUAUAUUUUGUCUUGUGUGUAAAUGUAUUGUGUGUUUCAUGCCAAUUAUACAUUUCCAAAUUUAAA